AUGAUCAAUAAUAUACUCCAGGCUCUCGCCCAGUUUCUCGACCGCCCUCUCUUCCCAUGGAAGACGGUGUUAGUUGGUUUCUCCUUGGGCCAAUAUGCCCUUGAGAGCUUCCUUUCGCUCCGGCAAUACCGCGUGCUUCAGCAGACCAAGCCUCCAAAGGUUCUGGAAGGGGAAGUCACGACGAAGGUCUUUGAAGACAGUCAGACAUACGGUCGUGCAAAAGCAAAAUUCGGUUUCAUUUCCUCCCUCUACGGUCAGCUCCAGAACUUGGUUUUCAUCUACUACGACUUCUUGCCUAAAAUAUGGGGUGUAACUGGCGUGGCACUUGCUAGUUACUUUCCGACAUGGUCACAGGGUGAAAUUGGACAUACGCUUCUCUUCUUCUUUGCCUUCAAUAUCCUGACCACCAUCUUGUCCCUUCCGAUCUCGUACUACAACACAUUCGUUCUCGAAGAAAAGUUCGGUUUCAACAAGCAGACGCUAGGGCUUUGGGUCACAGAUAUGCUAAAGGGUCAGGCUCUCGGCAUUGCUCUCGGUGGUCCACUUAUGGCGGCCGUACUCAAAAUUAUUCAGAAGACUGGUGGUCAAUUUUUCUACUAUCUCUGGAUCUUCAGCAUCUUCGUUCAGGUCUUCACCAUCACCAUCUAUCCAAUUGUUAUCUUGCCUAUGUUCAACAAGUUGUCUCCUCUGGAACCUGGCCCCAUCAAAACUGGUGUUGAAGAGCUUGCGCAGAAGUUGAAGUUCCCCCUUCAUGACAUUUUCUCCAUUGAUGGCAGUAAAAGAAGCGCCCAUAGCAAUGCUUAUUUCUUCGGGUUCCCUUGGAAAAAGCACAUUGUGAUCUAUGACACCCUAAUCGAGAAAAGUGAGCCUGAGGAAGUAGUUGCUGUUUUGAGUCACGAAUUGGGUCAUUGGAAGCUUGGCCACACGACCAAAUUGUUUGGAAUCGCCCAGGCCCAUAUGCUUUAUAUAUUCGCAUUGUUUACGGCGUUCAUUAACAACAAGUCAUUGUUCCAAUCAUUCGGAUUCUAUAACGAGCAGCCUAUUAUGAUCGGCUUUUUGCUCUUUUCCGACGCUUUGGCGCCUAUGGAUGCCGUUGUGAAGCUGUUGAUGAACAUCCUUAGCCGCAAGUUUGAAUUCGAAGCAGAUGGUUUCGCGGCAGACCUUGGUCAGUCGAAGCUCCUUGCACAAUCUCUCUUGAAGCUCCAGAUACAAAAUCUAAGUACAAUGGAUGCCGAUUGGAUGUAUGCCAGCUACCACUACUCGCAUCCUAUCCUCACCGAGCGUUUGGCUGCUCUGGGAUGGAAGAGUCAAGGAGCCGAGAAGGCGGAGGACAGUGAGAAGCCUGUUAAGGCUGCCGACAGGGAAUUGUAA